AUGGAGAUCCCUCCUAUGAGUUCACGGGCAAUUUGGUCAUUUCUUCUUCUCUCUUCCAUUCACGUUCCAUGCUUCUUCGGAUCUGCCUCCCCUCACUUCUCUAAUGAAACGGAUCGCCUUGCUUUACUCAAAUUCAAACAUCUGAAACAAGGGAUGUCUCUUGCUUCAAAAGUAAAAUUCUCAAUAAUUGAGGAUCCUUUAGUGAAAGUGUCUUAUGCAGAGCUCUUUAAAGCAACAGAUGGGUUCUCUUCUGCCAAUUUGAUCGGGGCCGGCAGUUUUGCUACUGUAUAUAAAGGGAUUCUACAUCACUUUGGGACUAUGGUUGCAAUGAAAGUCUUCAACCUUCAACAGCAAGGAGCUCUAAGGAGCUUCAUGGCUGAAUGCGAAGCCUUGAGAAACAUUAGGCAUCGGAAUCUUGUUAAGAUUUUAACUUGUUGCUCAAGCAUUGAUUUUAAGGGCAAUGAUUUUAAAGCUCUAGUUUAUGAGUACAUGCCCAGUGGAAGUCUAGAGACGUGGUUGCACAAAGAUAGUCAUGAUCAGCUGACAAGGAGCUUGAAGUUUACUCAAAGGCUAAACAUUGCUAUAGAUGUGGCUUCUGCACUAGAUUAUCUGCAUAAUCAUUGCGAAACGUCAAUCAUUCAUCAAGAGCACCAGAAGUGGUUCCACAAAGGUAGUCAUGAUCAGCUGACAAGGAGCUUGAAGUUUACUCAAAGGCUAAACAUUGCUAUAGAUGUGGCUUCUGCACUGGAUUAUCUACAUAAUCAUUGCCAAACAUCAAUCAUUCAUCAAGAUUUAAAGCCAAGCAACAUUCUUCUUGAUGAUGACAUGAUUGCUCAUGUGAGUGAUUUCGGGCUAGCCAGGUUCUUAUCUGAAGUUGCUCAAACUAGUUCGGUUGGAAUGAAGGGAUCUAUUGGGUACAUUGCUCCAGAGUAUGCACUGGGCAUUAAAACAUCUACACGAGGAGAUGUUUAUAGCUAUGGAAUCCUUCAAUUAGAGAUGAUCAUCAGAAAGGAGCCAUCUUAUGAUAUGUUUAAGGACAAUCUAAGCCUUCAUCAUUUUGCUAAGUCGGCUUUGCCUGAACAAGUAAUGGAGAUUGUUGAUCCACAACUGCUCGUGGAAGAAGCUGAAGUUACAAUAUAA